AAUAGGUUCACACUGAACGACUGACUGCCAGCACUUUCCAUGUAUCUGAAGUUAAUUACUGCGAUUAAAGUGACCACACAGCAGUUACGCAAAUCUUACAAGCCAAUCCUGCAGCCCUGAGAGUCUAUACAGCCUAUAUAACCACAGCUCCCAGAGAGAGAGCGAGACUCCUGCGAAUCCAGCCAGCACACCCAAACCAGCCUGUCAGAGUGCAACAGAUCAUCCGACUCAACUGAACUCAAAGACCUGGGGAGCGUCUCAGCAGAGCUGGAACAAGAAGCAGACUGCCAAUAGCACUGAGAGUAUCUGAGUCCCUUGGAAUCAGAAGACAUGGCCCAGUGGAAAGCUGCCGUCUUCAUCCUAGUGUCUGUGAUCGUCAUGGCGGCCGCUUUCACCCCCGGCUGCAAGAUCCGAAUCACCGCCAGGGGCCUUGAGCUGCUGAAGCAGGAGAGUUUGAAGUUUGUAGAGGAGGAGCUGGAGAACAUCACCAUUCCAGACCUGUCUGGGAAGGAGGGGCGCUUCCAGUACACCAUCAGCAAUGUGAGGAUCACUGAGCUGAACCUGACCUCCUCAGACCUGCGCUUCCAGCCUGAUUUCGGUCUGGUCUUCGAAGUGCACAACUCCUCCAUCAGCCUCAACUUCAUGCGCCGCAUCUUCUACUGGUUCUUUACUGACGUGGGUUCGAUCAACGCCUCAGCGAAGGGAGUCAACAUCCACACAGCUGUCAGGCUGUCCAAGGAUUCCCUGGGGCGCCUCAAAAUAUCCAACAUCUCCUGCGACGCGGCCGUCAGAAGAAUGCACGCCGAGUUCAGCGGCACUCUGAGGAAGGUGUAUGACAUCCUGGCCUCCUUCAUCACCACAGGGAUGCGCUUCCUCCUCAACCAGCAGAUCUGCCCCGUCCUAAACAAUGCUGGUUUGGUGCUGUUGAAUUCACUGUUGGACACUGUGCCUGUUCGGACUAAGGUGGAUAAAUACGUGGGGAUCGAUUACUCCCUCCUCAAUGACCCCGUGGUGACCUCUGAGAACCUCGACAUGGAGUUCAGGGGCAUGUUUUACGAGCUCCAGAACGAGAACGACACGCUGGUGAACUACGCCGUGGAGCCGAUGAUCCGGGAGUACGACCGCAUGGUGUACCUGUCCCUCUCAGAGUACUUCUUCGACAGCGGUAUGCUCUCCUACUUCAAGGCAGGGGUCCUGAACAUCCGCAUCUCACACGACAAGAUGCCCAGAGACUUGGAGAUGCUGCUGAGGACCUCCUACUUUGGAACAAUCAUGUUGCUGAAUCCUUCCAUUGCUGAGGCCCCCAUGUCGAUGGAGCUGCAUGUCACCACGGCGCCCCGAUGCGUCAUCAAGCCCUCGGGGACGAGUGUGUCGGUCACUGCCGUGGUCAGCAUCCUGCUGCUCCCGCCGGGCCAGGAGCCCGUCCAGCUCUCCAGCAUGACCAUGGAGUGCAAGAUGAGCGCCAAAGUGUCAAUGAAGGGCAAGAAGCUGGCGUUCCACAUGGAGCUACGCAGAUUUAAGAUCUACUCCAAUCAGUCUGCCCUGGAAUCGUUGGCGUUGAUCCCUCUGCAGACCCCACUAAAGACUCUGUUACAGCUGGCUGUCAUGCCUAUUAUUAACGAUUGGACAAAGAAAGGGGUACAGAUCCCCCUGCCAGAGGGAAUGGACUUUACUGAAGAAGUGGUAGAAAACCACACGGGUUUCAUAACGAUCGGCGCUAACCUGCACUUCAGCAAAGGUCUGCGGGAGGUGAUUGAGAGGAACCGGGCAGAGCCCAAAAGCUUGACGAACUGAGCGGGCCGCAGGUGCUCUGCUACACUCCCUAAAACAACAAGAGCUUUUUUUUUUGUUUCUGUCUACAGAACACUAUUCACUUCAUGCUUAGAAAACAUAAAACAAAAAAAACAAAACAUGGUACUUUAACAACGAACGUCCGCCGAUUAGCAGAAAUUCUUUGUGAAACGUUUUCCAAAAUGUUCGCUGUUUCAUGUUUGAUUAAGCUGAUAUUUCUAUCCAUCUGGCUGGGUUGGGAUCCCUUAUGCAUUGAGAAUGAAACGUAGAAGUCUUAACAGCAAAGUCCCCCGAGCCAGCCUCUGGACAGCGGAGUCUGCAGGGCACCCCAGAAUUUUCUCUCCUGUGACCCUGUAUCUAUCCCUUCCCUGUCUCCUGCACUAGCUGUGCUGUAUUCAGAGGUACCCCUGAAUUUUCUCUCCUGUGACCCUGUAUCUAUCCCUUCCCUGUCUCCUGCACUAGCUGUGCUGUAUUCAGAGGUACCCCUGAAUUUUCUCUCCUGUGACCCUGCAUCUAUCCCUUCCCUGUCUCCUGCACUAGCUGUGCUGUAUUCAGAGGUACCCCUGACAUGCACAAGUACUGUUGAUUUUAUAUCCCUGCAGUCAGCCUUGUUAAUGAUUUUAGCUGAUGAUGUUGUGCGCUAAUUCAUAUAGCUGCGUGUUUUAAAAUGCUUUCAAAAAAGUGUUUCUUUAUUAACUGCUGCUGCUGCUCAGCCCAUCAGAGCAGAGUAACCCAGGAAGAGAGUGUGAAAGAGAGGUUCAAUUGUCAUUCCAUCAUUUUCCCUUUACUAAAACCAAGCUGAAAACAAAAUGCAAAUAAAAUGUAUUCAAGUUUA